AUGUCUGGCAAUAACUCGACUCAAUCUCUGCCACCAGAGAUCUUGAACCACAAUGAAGGACCCUCUCUCAUCAUUGUGAGCGCGGUGUCGAUACCCUUCGCCCUUGGCGUUGUGGCUAUUAGGGUGUGGGCUCGACAUCGAAAGCGAAUGGCCCUUGAGCGUGACGAUUUCAUGAUACUUCUGUCACUACCAUUACUAUGGGCGACUGCUGGUGUUGCUAUUGCAUUCUUGACCGAAUUCGUCUACGGCACAGUCCUCUGCACCAUAAAAGUCGGCAUCCUCCUAAUGUACUACCGAAUCUUCCCAACAAAGUCCAUGCGAAUCGGGGGCUACAUCCUCGGAGGAAUGACCUUCUCCUGGUGGAUAGGCAUCAUCUUCGCUUCGAUCUUCCAAUGCUCACCCGUCGACAAGGCCUGGAAACCGUUCAUGAAAGGGGGCACUUGCUUGGAUAAGAAUAAAUUCUUCAUUGGCAACUCGAUCCCGAAUAUUGUGAUGGACGCUAUGAUUAUCGCGUUGCCAGUCUUUGAGGUGUCAAAGGUGCAGGUGCCGAGAUCACAGAAGAUUGCGAUUGCGGGGAUAUUUUUGCUUGGUGGUUUGAUCGUGAUUAUCAGUUGCAUUCGGUUGAAAUACAUUGUGGCCCUCCUCCAAGCCGGUCAAGAAGCAGACUUCACGAAACUCAUCUCAACCCCCUGGAUCUGGACAGUCAUCGAACCAUCAGUCGGCCUCCUCUGCGCCUGUCUCCCAACAAUGCAACCACUCUUAUACGUCCUCUUCGGCCGCUUCAUUACCAAGACUACACAAGAUCGUAGUAAAGAAGGAAUCAUCACCAUCGGGGGUAGUGGCCAAAAAUCAGCAGACAGACAGAAAGGUCCGGCCAAGGAUGGACCGUUUCGCAGACUGCAUGAUAAUGACUCUGCUGAGGAGCCUGUCUUGUGGCCGGAGACGUACCAUAAUCAGCAUAAUACUGUGGUGGAGCACUCGAAAGGGGUGGCGGUGGAUGAGAUUCCGUUGGGGACUAUUGCGGUGAAGAAGGAUAUACGAUGGGAGGAGUCAUGA